UCGUACUGAGCCAUAUUCUGUAAUUUGUUGGCGUCAUUAUUUACCCCGGAGCCACAAUUUUCGCUUGUGCACUGUGUGAUGUCGUCGUGAGGUUAUUUAGUUUCAGGUGCUAGAAGGUGAAUUUGUCAUGCCAUCAACGUCAACACGUGAGAGGGACAGAUCCCGUGACCAAGUUAGGUCACGUUCUAGAGACAAGGUACGGUCAAGAUCUAAGGAUAGGUACAGGUCCAAGUCGAAGGAUAGGAACCGAUCCAGGUCAAAGGACAGGAACCGAUCCAGGUCAAAGGACAGAAACCGAUCCAGGUCAAAGGACAGGAACCGAUCCAGGUCAAAGGACAGGAACAGAUCCAGGUCGAGGGAAAGGAUUAGGUCUAGGUCAAAUGAUAGAGGCAGGUCAAAAGAAAGAGACAGGUCAAAAGAUAACAUAAUUUCAAAAGAAAGGGGCUCUAAGGAUCGAGCUCGCUCAAGACCACAGAAGAGGGACAAUGACAAGUCAAAGGAAAAGAAGAGAGAGAGGUCCAGGGAAGCAGACAAGCCAAAAGAGAGGCAUAGGUCCAAGGACAGGUCUAAUCAUCGUGAUAAGUCGAGGGACAGGUCACGUGAAAAAGACCGAUCCAGAGAGCGCUCCAAAGAACGACCGAAGAACAAGUCAAGAGAUAGAAACCAAUCUAGGGAGAGAUCUGGAGAGAAGGCUAAGGACAAGGAUGGGCAUAGGGAGCGAUCGAAGGAUACAGAUAGAUCAAGAGAGAAAUCUAAAGACAGAACCAAGAUCAGAGACAGAUCUCGUGAACGUGAACGGUCCAGGGAGCGAAAGGCCAAAGAAAAGGACAGGCCUCAUGACAGAGGACAGAGGUCCAGGGAGCGCAACAGAUCACGGGACAGGUCGAGGGGUCGAGACAGAUCCAGAUGUAGAGACAAGUCGAGGGAUAGAUCAAGAGACCGAUCCAAAUGUAGGGAAAGGUCGAGGGACAGAUCAAGAGACCGAUCCAGAGAGAGGUCCAAUGACCGGUGCAAAGACAAGACCCAGGACAGAUCAAGUGAUCGUGAGAAAGGCCGUACCAAAGAGAGGAGCCCAGAGCCUGAAGAGAUGGUGAAGCAUGUUCCCAUCAGCUUGUUGAAGUCUGUGGCAACAAAGAAGCUUGGAAUGUAUGCCAUCAAGCACGUUCCUAAGGAACAACCGUUUGUGGUUGGACUCAGCUACUCUAGUACGAAUGGAAAGGUAGCAGCAGCAUCAUCUGACAACAGCAUACUCCUCUUUGAUGAGCAACUAAAUCAGAAGGCCAUUCUACAGGAUAAGAUGCAGAUGAUCACAGGUGUUCGCUUCAGCAUCUGCAACCCCAACCUUCUCUACAAUUCCAAUAUGGAUGGUAGUGUCCGUGUCUGGGAUAUGCGAAACAUUCGCCAUCCUGUUGCAAAGUUUGUGGGAAACCAUGAGGGCAAGGUGAAACCGCUGUCGUGUUUCGACUUCAACUGCAGCGAGCGCUACUUAUGUGCUGGCACAGAGCUGGAUGAAGAGAAUGCUUAUUUGCUGUUCUGGGACUUCAGAAUCAACAAGAUAUUGGGUGGCUACUGGGAAACACAUAGUGACGACAUAACACAGAUCCGGUUCCACCCAGCUCGGCCUAACACAUUGAUGUCCGGGGCUCUGGAUGGUCUCAUCAACGUGUUUGACAUUGGUCAGCCAGAUGAGGACGAGGCUCUACAGUCCACCUUAAACAGCGAGUGUGCAGUGAACAAGCUGUCAUGGGUGAAAGACAGAAAUGGCUUGGAGCAGAUAUCUUGCAUCACUACAGAUGAGGUUGUUCAACUCUGGCGACAAGAAGAUCCGAAGCCACAGAGGAUUAUUCAGCGCAAGGACCUUGGUCAAGCCUUUGUAGACCAUGUGCCCAUUGAUCAUGUUCUGGACAAUGUGAUGUUUGAUGACAAAAUGUAUGCCUGUACUGGUGCUGCAAGUGGUUUGGGCUUAGUGUGGAACAUCACGAAUGAAAGCCCAGAGCUGACAGCUGUUCUAAGUAAUGGACACAAAGAUCUCCCAAGGGUGGUUCUUUUCAAUCAGGAGCACAUAGUGACUGGUGGAGAGGAUGGAUUUGUUUGUAUCUGGAAGCCAGAGAUUGAAUGUCCUGUGCAAGAAGAGGCAAUGGAAAUUGAGAACAACUCAUCACUCGACAUUAACAUCUGAGACUGCAGAAUACACAUCAUUCAUGACAAGAAGCCAUAUGGGAGUCUUUAAAUGCAGCAUCAUCUGUUCAAUCUCUCUCUGUUUCAGUCCCUCAGCGUCUACUGUAACGUCACAAGUGUAAAAAAACUGCAUGCUCUAUCAGCUGUCUGUGGCAUUGUGGAUGUGAUUAUAGUGUAUGUGACCCACCCCAUGCUCAAGCACAUUUUCAUGUCAUAUUCCUAUCAGUUGUCACGGUUAAAGCAAGGAAGGUCCUGUCUCCCUCUUAACUGAUGCAAAUGGAUGUACCUAAAUUACGACUGCAAGUAUCGUGGUAUUGAAUUGCACAGUUAGACGAUGAAUUUUGUUGUAAUACACAUGCAUAAGAUUCAAAUAAACGUAAUCAUCAUA